GCGCCCAGCCCUCGGGGUCCAGCCAUGCCUGCCCGCGGGCGCGCCUCCUGCCUGGGGCUGGCGCUCCUCGUCAUCCUGGGCGCCCCGAGCCCGGCCAGACCAGGCUAUUUGGUGGCAGUGCCGUCUGUCUUCCGGCCGGGCGUGGAGGAAUCCAUCAGCGUGACCCUCUUCCAUCCCGUCAAAGAGACGACAGUCCAGAUCCACCUGGUGGUCAAAGGGGAGACGGUGGCGCGAUCUCAUGGGACGGUCCUGGGUAAAGGAAGCAUCAAGCUUAAGGUGCCCCCCGGCCUCCGGGGCCAAGGCCACCUGAAAGUGUGGGGCAACCGGCACUUGAACGAGGAGGGCUAUAUCUUCUAUAACCGAACCACGGUCACCAUCGACAGCAAAGGCGCUUCCGUCUUCAUCCAGACUGACAAGCCGGUGUACCGGCCGACUCAGAAAGUGCUGAUCAACUUGUUUAUGGUCAGCCCGGACCUGCGGCCAAUCAACGAGAAGGUCAAAGCCUACGUGGUGGAUCCUCGGGGGGCUCGGAUGAUCGAGUGGAAGAACCUAAUGCCGGUUUGUUGUGGUGUCCUGAACAUGAGUUUCCCUCUGUCCGACCAGCCGGUCUUCGGGGAGUGGCUCAUAUUUGCCGAAAUGCAAGGAUACACGUACAACAAGUCCUUUGAAGUUCAGAAAUAUGUUCUGCCCAAGUUUGAAGUGCAGAUUGACCUGCCUCCCUACAUCCGGGACCUUGACGUGUGUGAAAAGGGCAUCGUUCAUGCUAGGUACACGUUUGGGAAGCCGGUGACUGGCCGGCUGACCGUCAACAUGACAGUCAAUGGCGUGGGGUACUACCGCCAUGAAGCAGGGCACCCCAUCCUCAAAACAAUGGAAAUCGACGGUUCUGCGGAUUUUGAGGUGUGUGCCCGGGACAUGAUGCCGGCUGACGUCCCCGAGCAUUUCCGAGGCACGGUCAACAUUUGGGCCACCGUGACCAGCGCCGACGGGAGCAGACAAGUCACCUUUGACGACUCCACCCCUGUCCAGAAACAGCUCAUUGACAUCAAGUACUCCAGGGACACCCGGAAGCAGUUCAAGUCCGGCCUGCCCUACAAGGGAAAGGUAGAAGUCACUUACCCCGACGGCAGCCCGGCUGACAGAGUGACCAUCCGGAUCAAGGCGGAGCUCACGCCAAAGGAAAACCUUUACACGAGCGAGCUGGUCUCCCGGGGCGGCCGGGUCGUGUUUGAGAUCCCCUCAAUUCCUCCCGUGGCUCAGUAUGUUUGGCUGGAGGCCAAAGUCACCGCCGUGGGAGGGAAGCCAGCUGGAGACCAGUAUCUCCCCAGCUAUCUCCCCAUCAGCAGCUGGUAUUCCCCAAGCAAGUGCCACCUUCAGCUUCAGAUGGUGGACAAGCCCUUCCACGUCGGGGAGCAGGCUCGCUUUACUGUGAAGUCCACCUGCGCAUGCAACUUCACCCUCCAUUACGAGGUGGUGUCUCGGGGGAACAUCGUCCUCUCCGGCCUGCAGCCAGGAAACGUGACCCAGGAGAGAAGCCGGAGGGACACCCUUCGGCCGGCCUUUGGCAGGAAUGUCCGCCUCACGCAUGUCCGCAGCACUGCUUCAGUCCCCACAAGUCCUCCAGCCCCGGAGACCUGUGUGACCUCUGUGCGCUUCACGGUGACGGCCGGCAUGGCUCCGCUGGGCCGCCUCCUUGUCUAUUACGUCCGGGAGAAUGGAGAAGGCAUUGCAGAUAGCCUGCAGUUUGCUGUGGAGGCUUUCUUUGAGAACCAGGUGUCGGUGGCCUUUCUGGCCAACGAGAGCCGGCCCGGCGACUCGGUGGCUGUUAAGGUUCGAGCGGCCAAGGGCAGCUGUGUCUGCUUGGCUGCAGUGGAUAAGAGCGUUUACCUCCUCAAACCUGGCUUCCAGCUGACCUCUGCCAAGGUCUUCCAGGAGCUGUCGGAUUACGACGUGUCAGACACGUUUGGCACCACAAAGGAAGACAGCCACUUUUGGUGGCCAGGACUGUCUCUGCACCAACGGCGGCGGCGCUCAUCCCUCUUCCCUUGGCACUGGGACGUCACCAAGGAUGCCCGCUUUGCCUUCACGGAGAGCGGCUUAGUUGUUAUGACCGACCUCGUCAGCUUGAACCACCGGCAGCACGGAGGCUGGUACACUGAUGAAGCCGUCCCCGCCUUCCAGCCGCACACGGGGACGCUGGUGGCCUCUGUGCACACCAAGGCCGUCCCGAGGGCCGACAAGAAGAAGAGGACGUAUUUCCCGGAGACCUGGUUCUGGAGUUGCUUGAACGUCAGUGACGUCUCCGGAGAAGCCCAGCUGCGGGUGGACGUUCCCGACUCCAUCACCACGUGGCUGACCGAGGCCGUCGGCCUGUCGGAGGAGGAGGGCCUGGGCUUGUCCCGGCCGGCGGCCCUGAGGACCUUCAAGCCGUUCUUCGUCGCGUUCACCCUACCGUACCGCGUGGUCCGCAGCGAGCAGACCAAGAUCGCCCUGGUGGUCCACAAUUACCUGCCGGUGUGCCUGGAGGUUCAUGUGAAGGUUUCUGCCCCCCAAGGCAUCACGUUCGUGGGGCACCCCGGAAAACGCCACCUAACCCGGAAGAAGUGCGUGGCCCCCGGCGAGGCCAAGCCGACAUCCAUUGUCCUCUCCUUCACGGAGCUGGGCCAGAACAACAUCACAGCAAAAGCUUUUGCUUACGGGGGAGGCAGCUGCUGUCUGGAGGGUGCCCAGUCCUCGAAGAACGGCAGGCACACCGAUGACAGCCCCACAGAGAAACGGGCUCCCCUCGCAGUGGACUAUGUCUGGAGGAGCAUCCUUGUUGAGCCAGAAGGUCUGACCCGAGAAUAUACCUACAGUGUUUUCUUCUGCCCAAAUGAGAAAAUCCACAUCUCCACGCCUAAUAAAUACGAGUACCAGUACGUGCAGAAGCCGGCUCGCCUGACCCGCUUUGAGGUGGCCAUCAAGGCUCACAACAACGCCCACAUCGCCUUGUCCGCGGCGGCCCACGAUAUGGCAGAGAUGACCGAGGUCGUCCUCGGGGGCCACCAGAACGCCAGGAGCUGGAUCUCCACCAGCAAAAUGGGCGAGCCCGUCGCCAGCGCCGAGACGGCCGGCAUUCUCUCCUGGGACGAAUUCCGGACCUUCUGGAUCAGCUGGGACCAUGGCAUCAUCCAGGUGGGCCAUGGCCAUGCCGUUCUGAACGAGUCCAUCAUUGUGGCCUGGGCCCCUCCCAAGCCACGGGAGGUGAAGUACGUCGGUUUCUCCACUGGCUGGGGUUCUGCCGGCGAGUUUAAAAUCUGGAGGAAAGAGGAAACGGACGAGAACCACAACGAGGCGUUUACUUUGGGGGUCCCCCACAAUGUGAUCCCGGGGUCGGAGAGAGCCACCGCCUCCAUCAUUGGGGACGUGAUGGGGCCGACACUGAACCACCUGGACAACCUCCUCCAGCUGCCUUUCGGCUGCGGGGAGCAGAAUAUGAUCCACUUUGCUCCAAACGUCUUUGUCCUCAAGUACCUCCAGAAGACUCGGCAGCUCAGCCCAGAGGUGGAGAGCGAGGCCACGGAUUAUCUGGUGCAAGGUUACCAACGCCAGCUGACCUACAAGAGGCAAGACGGUUCGUAUAGUGCUUUUGGGGAGCGCGAUUCCUCGGGGAGCAUGUGGCUCACGGCCUUCGUCCUGAAGUCUUUCGCCCAGUCUCGGAGCUUCGUCUUCAUCGACCCAAAAGAGCUGUCGGCGGCCAAGGACUGGAUCAUCCGGCAUCAGAAGGAGGAUGGCUCGUUCCCAGCCGUGGGCAGGAUUUUAAAUAAGGACAUCCAGGGAGGCAUCCACGGGAAGACUUCGCUGACCGCGUAUGUGGUGGCCGCUCUCCUGGAGACCGGGGUGGCCUCUGAGGAGGAAAAGGUCUCCGUGGCCAAAGCAAAGCACUUCCUCGAGUCCCACGUCUACUUGGCCGAGGACCCGUACACGACCGUCCUGACCACUUACGCCCUGACCCUCCUGCGCAGCCCCUCGGCCGGGGUGGCCCUGCGGAAGAUGAACAGCUUGGCCAUCACUCAAGACGGCUUCACGCACUGGAGCUUAGCGGGGACCCAGGCUCCUGACGAAGACGCCUUUAUGGGAUUUAGUGACGGCCACUCCCAGUCAGUGGUCUCCGCGGAGGUAGAGAUGACCGCCUACGGCCUUCUGACCUACACUGUGUUGGAGGACGUGGCUUCUGCCUUGCCCGUGGUCAAGUGGCUCUCCCAGCGGAGGAACGCCCUGGGGGGCUUCUCCUCCACGCAGGACACCUGCGUGGCCCUCCAGGCCCUGGCGGAGUAUGCCAUCCUCUCCUUCGUUGGUGGCGUCAACUUGACGAUUUCUCUGGCCUCCACCAACCUGGAUUUCCAAGAGAUCUUUGAGCUCAACCGUGCCAACAAGAAGCUCUUGCAGACGGCAGUGAUUCCCUCCAUCCCGACCGGGCUGUUUGUGAGCGCCAGAGGGGAAGGAUGCUGCCUCUUGCAGAUCGACGUCACGUACAACGUUCCCGAUCCGGUGGCCAAGCCGGCUUUCCAGCUGCUGGUGAACCUCCAUGAACCCAAACUGAAGAGGCACCGGCGAGCCCCCCCGCGGCCCCCUAAACCCGCCUUCCCAGAUGAAAACCGCUCAGAAACCUCUCACCGGGGGCAGAUGAUGGGGGAUGACGAUGACCCGGCGGCUGACCAGGACCACCAAGAAUACAAAGUGGUUAUAGAGACGUGUACGAGGUGGCUUCAUUCUGGCUCGUCCAACAUGGCCGUCUUGGAGGUCCCUCUGUUCUCCGGUUUCCAAGCAGAUCUGGAAAGCCUGGAGCAGCUCCUCGUGAACAAGCAGACGGGCCUGAAGAGAUACGAGGUCUCCGGGCGCAAAGUCCUCUUCUAUUUUGAUGAGAUCCCCAGCCAGUGUGUGACCUGCGUCAAAUUCGUGGCCUUCCGGGAAUACAUCAUGGGGAAGACGGCCCCUUUGCCCGUCCGCGUCUACGACUACUACGAGCCGGCUUUUGAAGCCACCCGCUUCUACAACGUGAGCGAGACCAGCCCCUUGGCCCGGGAGCUUUGUGACGGCCCCAUGUGCAACGAGGUGGAGAGCGUGGCCAGCCACUGGGUCGGUUUUGUGCAGACGGGGCCCUGUAACAGCGUCCUGGGUUGUCUGGAGGAGACCUACUUCGAGCCGUGCAGGUGCUCACGGGAUUGCGGCUACGAUGGGGAGCCCGUGUGCGGCUCGGAUGGGCAGCUGUACCCGAACCUCUGCCAGAUGGAGGUGGCCGCCUGCCGGAACAGCACCCAGAUCGAGCAGGUCCCGAUGGCACAGUGCGAGGCGGCCAAAAACACACCAGGAGGCAGAGAGACUCCCUACCACAGCCUCGAUCUACUUCAUGGAGAACAGCCGGGACCCACAGAGGAAGGGCCCACCCAGCAGCUGGAUUUCUACUACUCGUACGAGUACGAUGUGGACCCGUAUGCCUCCGAGGGAGACGCCUUUGAGGUCACAGCGGUGCACGAGGGCCACAGGCCACAGGCCCUCACUUUGACCACAGGGGCAUGAACGGAGUUCACCCUUCUGCUGCUCGGAAGUAGAGGCAGCCCUGCUCGGAGUCCAUGCCUAGUUUCCUCGGGUGCGUCUUGCAGCUGAACUGAACUCAACCGAAGACGGCUCCCCUUCCUGCUCUCGACCCUCUUGCCCGCCGCACCCGUUAACCCCACUGUGUGCCGCCAGACGCUCCGGGGCAGAGCAAGGACUCGGAGCCUCUCCCCAGCGUCCACCGAGCCCCAUCUGGGCUGUUUUCCUGCUUUUCGACCCCGGUUGGGCUUCAUGUGGACAGACGGAAAGAUCCGGCCCGAGUACAAGGCCCACCUUGUGGAGCACAGGAACUGCAACGCUUCCUUCCGCCUUGACAUUUUUGUAAAAAAAAAAAAAAAGAUAUAUGCUGGCGCCCCAGGGCUGUAUUUAUAGAGAAGAGAAAAUGCAACUAAUAUUUUUAAGAUUUCUUACUGCUACACCCUUCCUGUUUCAUCCCAGCCCUGAUUGAGAAUAAAGUAGGACACACACACACCCAUAUCUGCAGGAGACUGGAUCCAAGCCACCCACAGAUGGUGGAAACCAUGGAUAAUACAUAACAUGAGAAGAGUCCAGAAAUACCGGUAUGUCUUUUCAGCAUGUAUUACCAGAAUUGGCCACGAGAGGGAGCCAGAGGCCAUGCUAUGUGUUUGUCAAUAAGAUUACAUAGCAGGGUCUCUGCUUCCCUCCAGUGGCCACUUCUGGUAAUGCAUGCUAAAAAGACCUAUUUCUGGACUCAAUAAUUUUAAUAUUUUUCAGGCAAAGCGAAACCAUGGAUCCUGAUCCUGUGGGUACGGGGGCCCUACUGUACUUUGAAUCAGUGGUUUCCUCAUAUUUAUUUCAAAACACCUCUUCUGCAUCCCAAAAGAGACGUCCACGGGCCUGCUUCAGUCGCUGGACACCCUCCACCCCUUCCUUUCUCAGCGGCCAAUCCAUUCCCCCCCCCCCGAGGCUUCUGCGCCCUUUCUUCCCUCGCACACCCAGGCAAUUGACGCUUCGCCGGCACGGAGCCUGUGGGCCCCUCGCGGCCACGCCGUUGGGGUAGCCCGAUCCUGCGCCAGGUUUGAAUGUCGCGAGACUGAGUUUGGUUUCUGCACUGGCGCUUUCGUGAGUGGGAACCUCGGGCAGGAGAGGCUGGAUGGAGAGGCUGAUAAAAAUAUUUUAUUAAAAACCUAUUUCUAAACUUGGA